GAAGCAGAAUUUAGUGAUUGUAGGUUAUGACAAACUGUCAUCUGAUCAACUUUUCUUACAUAAUUUAAAAUGUCAGAAAAAAAUCCUGAAAUAAGGCCUUAUAAAUAUUUCGACACUCCCGAUGGUCAUGAUGUUUUUAAGAAAUACUUAUGUCUCCUGAAACCGGCGGGUCAAGUCACCGCGGCAGCAGGUAUCUUCGAUGUCGUCGCCUGGUCCCAUCCAAAAGGAUAUUUGCCUAUCUUGGGCCGUUUCGUUUAUGUAGGAACUCCCAUUAUUGGAGCUACCACGGCCUUCGUCUUUACGACAAACGGUCUUGCGAGUCUGCGUAACAAAGAUGACAAGCUGAAUUGGUUUUUGGGAGGCUUCGCAGCUGGUGCUCUCGUGGGGGCUUGGCGAGGCAAGACCAUGUUUGGGUUUAAUUUGGGGAUGCUGUUCGGGCUGAUGGCGGUGGUGAGAAAGUACUCCGAGGAUAGAGGGUGGCAAUUUUCACCACCGAAUGGUGUUCCAAUCAUGAAUCAAGGAAUUUGGCAGUAUGAUUUUUCUCUCUUCAAGGAAAGACCUCGUACCUGGACCACUGGCAAAGAUUAAUUUUUCAUUGAUGUAGUGUGAGAGACGAUUUGUAAAUGAGAGCUGUCAAUAAACAUUUGGCGAUUUUGAAAAUGUUUGUUUGUGUGGUUCCUGAAACCAAAUGUAGGUAGUAAUUAAAUUUUUUCUUAUGAAA